AUGAUUGAAGACAAGUAUAUUGGUCUGGCUCUUGCCAUGACAUCGGCCCUCGCCAUUGGAACAAGUUUUGUUAUCACAAAAAAGGGAUUGAUCCAAGCAGAAGAGAGACAUGGCUUUGAAGGCGACGGGUUUGUGUAUCUCAAAAAUCCCCUGUGGUGGGCCGGUAUCGCGACUCUUGCUCUCGGAGAAAUUUGCAACUUUGCCGCAUACGCUUUCGCCCCUGCUAUCCUCGUUACUCCCCUAGGAGCUCUCAGUGUGCUCAUCGGUGCCGUUCUUGGCUCCUAUUUCCUCAAAGAAGAACUUGGCACACUGGGCAAGCUCGGCAGUGCUAUAUGCCUAAUUGGUGCCGUUAUCAUUGUGCUUCACGCGCCUCCAGAUGAGGAGAUUGAGACUGUCGACGAGAUUCUGCAUUUGGCCAUCCAGCCAGGUUUCCUUCUCUACGCCUUCGCCGUCGUUGGGUUCGCCGUCUUUAUGAUCUACAGAAUUGCGCCCAGAUAUGGCAAGAAGAACGCUCUCAUUUACCUUUCCAUUUGUUCUACCGUUGGAUCCAUUUCUGUCAUGUCUGUCAAGGCUUUUGGUAUUGCGCUAAAGCUCACCUUUGCUGGCCACAACCAGUUCAGCCAUCCUUCGACUUAUGUUUUCAUGAUCUUGACAGCGGUCUGCAUUCUGACACAGAUGAAUUACUUCAACAAAGCUCUUGCUAACUUCCCUACGAACAUCGUUAACCCUCUGUACUACGUGACCUUUACGACAGCGACCCUUUGCGCUUCUUUCAUUCUUUUUACCGGCUUCAACACAAACGAUCCUGUCAAUACUCUCUCAUUGCUCUGCGGAUUCUUGGUCACCUUCACUGGUGUCUAUCUCCUGAACCUGUCGAGAGGUGACCCCCAUGGUCAGAGACUGAGCGCAGGCCGAGGAGGAAGCGACGCUACCGGCACCGAUAUGGUAUCUGGUCUGCAAACUCGUCUGAGCAUGCAAGCCAGGAGAAGCGGCGAUCCUUCCCGACACAGCAUCAGCAGCCAGCGUGGAGAUCGUGAGGGCUUGAUCCGGGCAUACGAUGAGGAGGAGGCUGCUGGCUUCGCUCUGACCGACCUGGCUGAUGAUAGCGACGACAGCGACGACGACCUGCGACGCACUAAUGGCAACGGCAACGGCAACGGCAAGGCAACUUACGACAACAGCAUCGAACUCGACAAUCGCCACAAAUCAGGCGACCGAUGA